CGCCGGGCUCCGCGGUCGGCGGGACUUCCGUGUUGGCGGGAUUCUGAACGCUGCCAUGGCUCAGACCGUGCAGAACGUUACACUGUCCCUCACUCUGCCCAUCACGUGCCACAUUUGCUUGGGGAAGGUACGCCAGCCUGUCAUAUGCAUCAACAACCAUGUAUUUUGUUCAAUUUGUAUCGAUUUGUGGUUGAAGAAUAAUAGCCAGUGUCCAGCUUGCAGAGUCCCCAUCACUCCUGAAAAUCCUUGCAAAGAGAUUAUCGGAGGGACAAGUGAAAGUGAACCUAUGCUAAGCCAUACAGUCCGGAAGCACCUUCGGAAAACUAGACUUGAGUUACUCCACAAAGAAUAUGAGGAUGAAAUAGAUUGUCUGCAGAAAGAGGUAGAAGAGCUUAAGAAUAAAAAUCUCAGCUUGGAGUCACAGAUCAAGACUAUUCUAGAUCCUUUAACCUUGAUGCAGGGCAAUCAAAAUGAAGAUAAACAUCCAGUUGCAGAUAAUUCAAGUAAAAUUGACCCAGAAACUGUAGCAGAGUGGAAGAAAAAACUUAGAACAGCUAAUGAAAUCUAUGAAAAAGUGAAAGAUGAUGUGGAUAAGUUAAAGGAGGCAAAUAAAAAACUAAAAUUGGAAAAUGGUGGCCUAGUGAGGGAGAAUUUACGACUGAAGGCUGAAGUUGAUAACAGAUCACCACAGAAGUUUGGAAGGUUUACAGUAGCUGCUCUUCAGUCCAAAGUAGAACAGUAUGAACGUGAAACCAAUCGCCUCAAGAAAGCCCUGGAACGAAGUGAUAAGUAUAUAGAGGAACUAGAAUCUCAAGUUGCACAGCUAAAAAAUUCAAGUGAAGAGAAGGAGGCUAUGAAUUCCAUUUGCCAGAGAGCACUUUCUACAGAUGGCAAGGGGUGCAAAGGCAGUGAGGAGGAUAUGGCAUCAACGAAUCAAGGUGAUGGUGCCAGAAAGCAGCUUGGCUCUUCGACCCCAAGUUCUCACCUGACACAGCCUUCUAACAGUUCUGCUCGGCAGGAAAGCACCAGCAAAACAGAACUAAAUUGUUCCAAGAACAAAGACGUAUAUCAAAAACAGGUGGAAAUAAUGUUAGGUGUAACUGAUGCCAGUAUGGAUACUUAUUUGGAAAGAGAAUGGGGUAAUAAGCCAACUGAUAGUACUCCCUACAAAGAUGAACUUUAUGAUCUUCCAGCUCCUUGCACUCCUUUGUCCCUUAGUUGCCUUCAGCUCAGUACUCCAGAAAAUAGAGAGAGUUCUAUGGCCAAAGCAGGAAGUUCCAAAAAGCACUCAAACCAUCUCAGAAAAUUGGUGUUUGAUGAUUUUUGUAAUUCUACAAAUGUUUGUAAUAAAGAUUCUUCAGAAGAUGAUAAAAGUGAAAAUGAAAAGAAAUCAGAAUGUUUUACUUCCCCAAAGACUGGGUUUUGGGAUUGUUGUUCCACAAGCUAUGCCCAAAGCUUGGAUUUUGAAAGCGCAGAGGGGAACACGAUAGCAAAUUCUGUUGGAGAGAUUUCUUCAAAACUGAGUGAGAAAUCAGGCUCAUGUUUAUCUAAGAGGUUGAAUUCUAUUCGCUCUUUUGAAAUGAAUCGGACAAGAACAUCCAGCGAAGCCUCAAUGGACGCAGCUUACCUUGACAAAAUCUCUGAGCUGGAUUCAAUGAUGUCUGAGUCAGACAACAGUAAGAGCCCUUGUAAUAACGGUUUUAAGUCAGUGGAUUUGGAUGGGUUAUCAAAGUCGUCUCAAGGCAGUGAAUUUCUUGAGGAACCAGAUAAAUUGGAAGAAAGAACUAAGCCAAACCUUUCCAAAGGUUCUCUAACUUCUGAUCAGUUAGAAAAUGGAAAUGAAUGGAAACCGUCUUCUUUUUUCCUCCUCUCUCCAUCUGACCAAGAAAUGAGUGAAGAAUUUUCACUCCAUCCCAGUUCUAACUCAGGAACUAAUGAACUCAAACCCCCAAGCUGUUUAUUUCAGACGGAGUUUUCCGAGGGUGUUUUGUUAAGCAGUUCACAUAGGCUGUUUGAAGAUCAAAGGUUUGGGUCAUCUUUGUUUAAGAUGUCCUCAGAGAUGCAUGGUCUUCCUAACCACCUUCAGUCUCCUUGGUCUACUUCUUUUGUGCCUGAAAAAAAGAAUAAAAAUGUGAAUCAAUCAACAAAAAGAAAAAUCCAGAGCAGCCUUUCCAAUGCUAGCCCAUCAAAAGCAACUAAAAGUUGACUCAUUAGGAAGGUGCCAUUUAUGUUUUUGUCCAGAGAGGAAUACAAGUUUUUAAAGUUACCUUUUUCCCCCUCAUAAAAGUUCUGUACAAUUUUGAAUUGGUAAUCUUUAGUCAACUGUCAAGUCAGAAUGGUAGAUUAGCCUAUACCCAGAAUACUUUCGUUCAUUUUGAAGAGUUUCUUCAUUUUCAAAUGGGAAUAUUUUUGACCAGAAGGUUUCUUUUAAAUGAAUAUUAUAUGUAUCUGGUUUGGGUAUAUUUCAGCCGUGGGCAAGCUACGGCCCGCGGGCCAGAUCCGGCCUGUUUGAAAUGAAUAAAACUAUUGAAAAAAAAGACCGUACCCUUUUAUGUAAUGAUGUUUACUUUGAAUUUAUAUUAGUUCACACAAACACUCCAUCCAUGCUUUUGUUCCGGCCCUCCGGUCCAGUUUAAGAACCCAUUGUGGCCCUCGAGUCAAAAUGUUUGCCCACCCCUGGUAUAUUUUGUUUUGAAUCUUGAUUUAACUAUUAGAUACAAUGGCCUAUUAAUGAGCCUCAGUUAUCUUCAGAACUAGGAUUUCUUAAAUAAAACUCUAAGUGUUCUCUACACACUGCUCAUGACACUUGAGUUUCUUUAAAAGAUUUUCCUAGGGUGGACAUUAUUUUGCCCCCUUUUAUUUAUGUCUAGUAGUGGCCUUUUAAGCAAGGCCAUCAUGGAGAAAAUAGCACUCUAACCUCAGACCAAUAUUAAAUUACUUAUUUUUUUCCCGAUUUUAUGUGUAUGCAUUUUUAAUAUUGUGUUUUGUUCAGUUUUUGUAAAAACAUUUUGCUAGUAUGAAAGAAUACAUUUCUAUAUGAAAAUAUUUGUUUUAUGUCAGAUAACUUUCCUUUGUUCAUCUUUUUGUGUGUAGUGAAAAAUCAAAAAUUGAGCCUACUUUGGAAAGAAGGCAUGGAACAGUUGGGUUUGGAGGAGCCUAAACAUGGUAGCCUCAUUGUUCCAGAUAGACAGGUGCAAAAGCACUCACUAACGAGUUCUUGAUCCACUCAUGUGGAUCUGCCAGGGAAGCUUUUUUGGACUGAUCAAGUUCUUGUUUGCAUGUUACUGUUCUUUGUAAAAACUCUAUGCAUGAUAGCUUUCUUGCUUGCACUGUUUUUCUUAAGAAAAAGACGUUUCAAUUGGCUAAUGGAAUAUCUUCUAAGUAGGACUUUUUUUUUUUUUAAUGAAGAGUGUUAGGGUGAGAAUAGGUGAGCUAAAGCACAAUUUAUAAUUUAGGCUCUGAAAAAGUUUGCUCUCUACAUGUUUGGUAUAGCUAUAUAGGCUUUUAAAAAAUGGUUUACUAUGCUAGUGACUUGCUUAGCUAAUGUGCACUGAACAUUUUAUAUUGAUAUCUUACUAUUUUAUGUUAAUACUGCAUGCUUUUCUAUGUGAAUUGAAUAAAGGAUGCCAUAGCACCGUAAUCCUUGAUAUUGUCUCAGAUAUUGAGUUAGCCUAUAAAGAUCAGUCAAACGUAUCAUUUUUAAUGGAUCUUACAAUAUAAACGUUGACAAACUAUGACCCAUGAACCAAAUCUGGCCUGCACCUGUUUUUGUGAAAGGCCUAUGAACUAAAACGAGUUUAUAUAUUUUUUAAUGUUUUUUUAAAUGCAAGGAAUAUUCCAUAACACAGGAAAGUGAUAAGUAAUUUGAAUUCCAGUGUUUCUGUAUACAGUCUUAUUAGAACACAACUACUUAUUUGCUUACAUAUUAUCUAUGGCUGCUUUUGCACUGCAGUGGCAGAGUUGAAUAGUUGUAACAGAGGCCAUAUGUCUCACAAAGCCUAAAAUACAGAAAAAUGUGCUGACCCUGUCAGACUCAGGAUUCAACAAAACCAUAAAAGUAAAACAAAUCGCUUUUAUGAUUUGGAGAAUCAUGCCCUCCACUUUUAGAACUAAUAAGCCAAAAUAAAAUUUUUAAAGAGCUAAUAUAAAGCAUUUUUUUUUGUUUUAUCAUACAUAUUUUCCAAAAAGUAUUUAUGUGUCAUUUUAUCUUUCUGUUAUGUUAAAAGCUAAUGGAUACUUUCAGAGAUAGUAGCAUUUUAAGUACCUUUGACAAUGUGGUUAUACAUUUGAAAUUUUAUUAAAUGUAGAAAUCUAAUUUUUUUCUGAAUAGAAUAAAUUUGGGGGUGAGCCUC